CUCCCUCUACCCACGUGUAGUGCCAAUGGCUGAAAGAAAGCAGAGGAUUUCUAAAGAGCUUUUAAAGAAGCCAGUUGGACCUGGAGUUCCAUUAAUAAAUGGAGACGAAAAUAAACAUUUAAAGACAUUUAAAAUUGAAAGAAGCUCAACUUUAUCUCAAGUGAAGUCCUUCCUUCCUUCACUGGCUAGGGCUAAUCAAGAGCUGAGUGAUGCCAUUAGUAAAGAAGGUGGAAAUGAGAAAGUUAGUAUUGAGACUCCACAAGAUUCAGCAGCGAGGUGCAUUCAGUUGGAUUUAGCAUUAGUUCAAUAUGAAGGAGAGGAGGAGGAGGAAAGGAAACAAAUAUUAGUUUUACCUGAUGAAAUUUCGCAUCCUUCAAGAAGAGGAUUACAAAUUGAAGAAUUGAAAUAGUAACUUUUCAUUUUUACUUUUGUUUUGUGUCUGAUAUAAAUUAAAAUAUGUGAUUGUUUUCACUUCAAAGUGGGCGAGAAUUUUCAUCUUAAA